AUGACUUCAGAUCAUUUACCACAAAAACAUCGUCGCAGAGCAAGCGUUUACGCAAUUCCUCAGACCGUUUACUUAGGUUUAGAAAUUGAAUACAAUGAAAGAACUAAAAAAGUUGACUUUGCUAUUUGCGUACAUGAUGGAUCUUAUGCUGUCGGUUAUGACCUUUCAUCGGUUGAUAUAGAUAUUGAAGCGGCAAAAAAAGAUACUAGUAUUAUAGAAAAAAAAAUGGAUUUUAUACUUUCAUAUGUUCGUGAUAGCGCUGCGCAACAAAAUUUUAAAAUUAAUGCUGUUGGUUUGGGAGUUCGUAUCAGGACAAAUCAUAAUGGUGAAACAAAGGGAAAAUUUAAAGGUUUAUUAGCGGAUGUAUUAAUUUUAGCAUCAAAGAUUUGGUUGGAACUUGAUGCAGUACCUUUUAUUUUUCGUACCAAUGGUAAAUCCUUGGAUGAACGUGCUAGUUCAGCUGUAAGGAAAACUGUCGUCUGGAUGAGUCCACAAAUUCCUGGAUCAAUUCCAAGAAUUUCUGUUGGAUUUCGUCAUGAAGUUGAAGUUGAUUUAAAAGGAAUAAUUAAAUUAGUGGAUUUAUCUCAUUAUCAAAAAACUGUUAUUCCGGAAACAUGGAAAACAUUAAUGGAAAUUACUAACGAUCUCAAAUCCAGAAAAAUUAAAGCUUCAUUCUUUAAUGCAACACCUCAAGGAGGUGGAGUUGCACUUAUGCGACAUGCUUUAAUAAGAUUAUGUAAUUUAUUAAAUUUGGAUAUACAUUGGUUUGUGGUUAAACCAAAACCUGAAAUUUUUGAUAUUACGAAAAGAAAGUUUCAUAAUGUUUUACAAGGAGUAGCACCACCAGAGACAAGGUUAACUCAAGAAGAUAAGGAUUUAUUUAUAACUUGGUCGAAUGAUAAUGCUGAAAAGUUUUGGUCGGAUGCUGAAGGUCCGCUUAAAACUAGUGAUGUUAUUAUAAUUGAUGACCCUCAAGUAUGUGGAAUUAUUCCUUACAUUAAAAAGGUGAAUCCAACGUGUAAAAUUAUUUAUCGCAGUCACAUCGAAAUUUGCGCGGAUUUAAUUCGUGAUAAUCCAAAUGGACCACAAGCAGAAACAUGGGAUUUCCUUUGGGGUUUCAUUUCUCAAUGUGAUCUAUUUAUUUCUCAUCCUAUUAAAAAUUUCAUCCCUGAUAGUGUUGUUCUUCUUCCAGCUUCCACAGAUCCACUUGAUGGAUUAAAUAAAGAUUUAAAGUUAUCCGACAUGCAUUUCUAUAGAUCAAUUUAUAAUCGAUUCUCGAUAGAUCAAUGUGGUAUCGAAAUAAAUUUUAACCGACCAUAUAUUAUACAAGUUGCUAGAUUUGAUCCUAGAAUUCCAUUAGUAAUUCAAUCAUUCAGUCUUUUACGUAAAAAAUUACAAGAUGCUGGAUGGUAUUUAGAUGAAAUGCCAUCUUUAAUAAUUUGUGGUGCUGGUAGUGUAGAUGAUCCAGAUGGUACCCCAAUUUAUGAACAGAUAAAUACAAUAUUACAAACACCUGAAUAUGCCGAUAUUUCAGAUGAUGUAUCAACAGUUCGUUUACCUCCCUGUGAUCAAAUAUUUAAUACAAUGUUGAGAUGUUCACAUGUUGCAUUACAACUUAGUACCAGGGAAGGGUUUGAAGUUAAGGUUACUGAGGCUUUAGGUAAAGGUAUUCCAGUUGUCGCCUUUAAAGCAGGAGGUAUUCCAUUACAAAUAGAACAUGGUGAAACCGGAUUCUUAGUUGAAAUUGGAGACGUAGAUAAAGUAGCAGAAUAUUUAUUUACAUUAUUUACAGAUAAACAACUUUACGAGAGAAUGUCUCUAGCGGCGAAAUCUAAAUUAAAUGAACAAUAUUUCACUGUAUUUCAAACAUUAAAUUGGUUAUAUUUGAUUAAUCAAUUUUCCGCAAGAAGACGUUUGGAAAUGGGUAUGGAAACAGAACGUGAAUUAUUAACAAAGGAAUUUAUUGGAAAUGAGAAAUGGGUAAAAGAUAUAUGGUCAAAGCAAUAUAAAUUUAUUGAAAAUAAGUCUCUUGAUAACUUUAUCAGUCACACAAUUUCAAAUUCUUAG